GAACUUAACAUUUACUCUGAAAAUAAGGAAACCAAAACCGGGAAGCAGCUUAGGAAAAGGUGAACCCAAUCCGAAGUUCCAAACGCGCUACCAUGGCUUCCGCCUCCGCCACUGUCUCCAUCCACCGAACUGCCUUCUCCCCUCCGUUCCAGUUCCAACCCGGUUGGCGCGCCCCCCUGCCGCUCCGCUGCACGCAUUCCGAGCGCGGCGUCUCCUUCGACCCUGGGUCCGCCUUCUACCGCAGCGACAGCGCCCCGGGGCGCGACCUCGCCGUCCUCGCCGCCACCCUCCACCGCCAGCGCCGCCUCGACCCCUCGGCCCCUUUCCUAUGCCUCGACGUCAUGUGCGGCUCCGGCAUCCGCGCGCUCCGCUACCUCGCGCAGGCCGGCGCCGAUUUCGUCUGGGCCAAUGACGCUUCCGACGCGCUCCGCCCCGUCGUUGUUGCCAACCUCUCUCGCUUCAAGUUGCCGCCCUCACACGGGCAAAGGAGGUGGGUGGUGUCGCACCUCGAUGCCUCCCGGCUGCUCGCCGAGAGGUACCUCCGGCGCGAGUACUUCGACGUCAUCGACGUGGAUUCGUUCGGCAGCGAGGCCGAGUACAUACGGGCGGCCUUCUUGUCGCUCAAGAUUGGGGGCCUUGCGUACCUGACGUCCACCGAUUGGCGUUCGGCCAGAGGGUAUGGUGGCAAAUGCUCAUUGUCUUCAUAUGGAGCAUAUAUUCGUCCAGUGCCAUAUCCGAAUGAGAUCGGUUUGCGAAUGCUUAUAGGUGGUGCUGCACGUGAAGCAGCUAUGUUGGGAUUUCACAUAAAACCGGUAUUCUCUUAUUAUGCGUCCCAUGGUCCUAUUUAUCGAGCAAUGGUGCAAUUAUGCCAUGGAAAAGAAGAUGAUAUCAGUAAUUAUUAUGGUUUCAUUUGUCAUUGCAAGAGUUGUGGCCAGACUCAGACUUUUGGAUUUGAUGAACUGGGGCAGAUUUCCUGUGGAUGUGCAGACAGAGCAGAUGCCACUUCCAUCACAGUUGUAGGCCCACUAUGGACAGGUCCUCUCCAUGAUGCCUCUUCCAUCACUGAAAUGCUCAACUUGGCUGUAGAAUGGGGAUGGGCAUACACAAGUGAGAAUGGCAUCAUCCUACAAAAACUUCUUGACACCAUGAUUGAGGAGAGCGACCCACGGUUGCCACCUGGAUACAUCAGACAUGAUGAGAUCGCCUGCCGAGCAAAAGUUAACUCUCCGCCACUCGGUACCUUGAUCAGUUCACUGCGGAAGGAAGGCUAUGCUGCUUGUCGAUCUCAUAUAGGUGCCAACGCAAUCAAGACCAACUGUCCCAUCAGCUCUUGCAUCGAGAUCGCACGGGAGAUCCGAAAUACGCGAUGACCACCAACUAUAUCAUCUGCUAGGCCCAGAAGAUCUGUGAUGUUGAACAAUAAAAUUGUGGCUUUGCGACGAGUAGUAAUCAUUCCAAGGUUCCAGGCGAACAUGGAUUCCAAACCGGAGGAGAGUUUCCAGUAGGUGAUAAUUGGAACACAUGUUCUGCAGUGCCAGCAGCAAAUUUUGCUCUGCGUCACUGCGUGUUUGUAUCUCGUUGUCUCGCGUGCUAUUAUGUGAAAAUUGCCACCAAGGAGCAUAUGUGCACUGUUGAAACAGUUUUUUUCCUUUUCGAAUUCAAAGCUUUAUAAAUUAGUCGAUAGGAUUACAAUCA